UAACCAUUUGAUCAAAAAUUGUUUGUAACUGAAAGAUUAAUUCGAUAAAGUGUAAAAUUUAACAUAAAAAAUGAAAUACACUAACCACUUUAUGAUAAAAGAACGUAUAAGUUAAAAGAAAUAAAAUAUAACCUACAAAAAUCGAGAACAAUAAAACGAAAAAUAAAUUGUUUCAGAUAAUUUAUUUUAACCCUAACAUAGUUAUCUGUGCUAUAUUUUUAAUCAAUUUGGAGUGAUAGCAUGUAAUUAAUAGCGAUAAUUCCUACUCCUUAGGUUAUGUUUUAUUUCCUAUCAGACUUAAUGAGAAAUCAAAAUGUUUAAUAGUUCGUUACAUGAAAUGUUAUUUGCAGUCACGUUUAAUGCAUAAAUGCAUACGUAACCACGUAUUCGAUUAAGAUAUAUGAAAUUAUUAAAAUGUUAUUACGAAGAAUAAACAAUUUUCUACAAAUUUCUGUACCUUGUCAGAAGAUAAGUAAUAGGUACUUAAAUUUUGUACCUGUUGUAGUAGAACAAAGUGGAAGAGGUGAACGUGCAUAUGAUAUUUAUUCCCGUCUUUUAAAGGAAAGGAUUAUUUGUCUAAUGGGCCCGAUCACAGAUAACGUGUCUUCUGUAGUGAUUGCUCAACUACUAUUUCUUCAGUCAGAAAGUAGUAAAAAUCCAAUUCAUAUGUACAUUAAUUCUCCUGGUGGGAGUGUGACAGCUGGACUUGGUAUAUAUGAUACCAUGCAAUAUGUUCUUCCUCCAGUUGCAACAUGGUGUGUAGGCCAAGCAUGUUCAAUGGCUAGUUUACUAUUAGCUGCAGGAACAAAAGGCAUGCGUCAUUCGUUACCUAAUGCAAGGAUUAUGACGCAUCAACCUUCAGGAGGAGUGUCAGGACAAGCUACUGAUAUCCAGAUACAAGCAUUAGAGAUAUUAAAACUUAAAAAACAAAUCAACCAAUUAUAUGUCAAACAUACAGGCAUGGAAUUAGAAAAAAUAGAACAAUGUAUGGAAAGAGAUAAUUUUAUGAGUCCAGCCAAAGCAAAGGAAUUUGGAAUUAUAGACAAAGUAUUAACUCAUCCAAUGCAAGAAGAAGAAGAAACAGCAACAAAAAGUACGAAUGUAGCAGAGACUACCCUUGAACUUACGUCACAACCAUGAUAUUAGAAUUGGGAAAUAAGUGUUCAAAAUUGUAAAAUUUUAUUAAAACAUGUAUUUAUCAAUAUUUAAAAAUAGUAAUAAAACAUUUUUAAAACAAUUACAAUUUAUAUCAUGUAUAUAACUGUAUUUGAAUACACUAAAUGUGCCCAUAUUUUGUAAACUUUACGUAAAUAUAAAACAUGAAAUGAUGAUUUCAUAAAUGACAAACAUGAAUGUGAUAUGUUAAUAACAAAUUAUUCAGAUCUCUUCACAUUUCUUAAACAAGCACAAUAUAUCACCAAGCACUCUUGCUAUACGAUAAAAAUAUAUAAUGCUAUACUCAUAGGCGGCUGGGCGAAGUAAUGGAAGACGCGAUUCUGUAUCAAAACAUACCUAUAUAUGUACAAAUUAUGAAUAAUUUUGAUUGAAAAUUGAAUACCUU